ACAAUUCCGGCGCCAUGGAACGUCAUUGGCUCAUGAGUGAUUGUGUACAUGGCAACGGGAAAAAAAAAAAAUAAAUACACACAGCAGCAACUCAGCAAGGUGCCGGCAGCAUCAUCAGUCGCACCAAAAACAACACGGUAUAAACAUCAUUUAUACUGUAUUUUUAAUUUUCAUCUCUUUGACAUACAUCUGUUGAUAUAAAUUUUCUUUUUCAUAGUGUUAUAUAAAUAAAUAUAAAUAACGUGCAUUUAAAAUUAAACAUUCUAUUUUUGUUAUUUUUUUUUUUAUAUCAAUAAAAAGUUUAGGAAAAACUGUGAAAAAUUGUGGAUUAAGUUGCUAGUUUUAAAUAAAAAAAUAAUCAACAAUUAAAAUAUACUUACUUUGUUUAUUUGUUUGUUUGUUUUUUAAGUGAAAUAUUUUUAAUUAAAAAAUUGAGUGUUUUUAAAAACUUUGGAAUUUUUUAUAUUUUUUUUUUUCUGACGCCAAUCGGUUGCCCCUGCAGAGCAACAAUGCGGUGAUCACUUUGGUGUCGGAGACAAAAAAAAAGAUGGAGAAUCGUGGUUACGAAGACGAUAAUAAACAUCCAAAUGAUCAUCAUCUUCUUCAUCAUAAUCAGUAUAUUCAACAACAACAACAAGAACCAAUUAAUUCAAGUGAUAUUGAAGGACAUAUUUAUGAAGAUAUUGUCACAAAUAUAGAUAAAAAAUUACCAGAUAAUUAUAAUAAUAAUAAAAGUAUAUUUAAUAAUAAUAUUAUAAAUAUGAACAGUCAUCAAUCAUCAUGGUUGACAGAUAAUAAUGAACAAAUAUUUCAUCGUAAUUUAACAUUACCACUAAGAAGAGAUCGUAGUGGUUUAAUUAAUAAUGAAAUGAGAUAUUCAGUUAGAAUACCAACAAAUGAUAAUAAUAAUAAUAAUUUACAAUAUUCAUGUGAAAAUUUUGAAACAAGUGAAACAAAUAGUGUUGCUGAUUCAUCAUCAGAAAAACCAACAAGACGUAGAAGAAAAAGAGAUUGUAAACAUUGUAAAAUGAAAGCAAAUGAUGAUACAAUUAAACAAUCAAAUCAACAAUUAUCAUUUGAUGAAUCAAGAACAAUAAUUGAGCCAAUAUUUACACUACCAAGUAAUAUUAGAAUACCAAAUUUUAAUAAUUCAAUUGGUAAUUUACAAAAUAUUAAUAACAACAACAAUAAUAAUAAUGAUUGUUGUAUUAAUUCAUGUAGUAUAUUUACAAUAGCAAAUAAUAAUAUUAAUAAUAAUAAUAAUAUCAAUGGUGCUUGUCAAAAUAUAAAUUAUGAUAAAAAAAUAAUUAAUUAUGAUAAAAAUGAUGUUGAUCCAAGACUUGGUCUUAUUGAAGAAGAUAAAGCAUUAUUAACACCUCAUCAAAAACAUAGAAAUGGAAUGAAAGUUAAUUCAAUUUAUUCACCAGAACAAUGGAGAGUAAAAGAUACAUCAGUUUUUAUUGGAGAUUUUAAUCAACAAUUUCAUAGAGCAUAUUCUGUACCGGAACAACAACAACAACAAAGUCCAUCAUCACAAAAUCGAGUUAAUUUACGAAGAAGUGUAAGAGGUGAACCACCACCACAACCAGCUCAACUAAGUAAAAAUCGUCAUGGUUGGACAUUGCAUUUUGCCAGGUCGCUGGACGCCACAAAUUGCACUAGAUCAAUUGUUCUUCUUCUUAUUGUCAUAUUGGCACUUCUUGGAAUUGGCUCAAUGGCAUUAUACUUUGUAUUUGAACCAGAAAAACUUCAAAUUAUAAAAGAAUAUCUUCGUUCAGGUGAACGAAAUAAUUCUUUAAAUAUAAACUUAACUGAACAUAAUAAUUUAAAAUCAGUUGAUGAUUUAAAUAUUAUGAGGGCAUUAACGACACUCAAAAGUAUUGGAAUAUCAACAACAUUACCACCACCAACAACAUCAACAACGAUGAAAGCAAUGACGACAACAACAGCAGCAUCAACAACGACGACAACAACUACAACAAUGCUACCAUUAAUUCCAGAAACAAUGACAACAAUAAUAAUAGAAAAACAAGAAACAACUAUCAAGCCAUAUUUAAAUAUCACAAGAUACUGUGAUGAUUGUUAUGAUGGUGAAGUAUGUGUUGCACUUGCUGGUGAUAAAGUACCAAUUUGUCGACCUGGCAAAGAUCCAAAUGAUCCAACUGGAUGUUCUGGACUUUGUAUUAUUAACAAAGAAAGAUGUCAUAGACUUGAUGAAAAUGCAUUUAGGUGUGAAUCCUGUGAAGAAGGUGAAUGGAGAUGCACUGAUUCUUUGUGUAUACCAUCCGUAAAACGUUGUGAUGGUCAUUGGAACUGUUAUGAUCACAGUGAUGAAGAUAAUUGCGAAUGUGAUUUACGUACACAUUUUCAAUGUGGCAAUGAGACAUCUUGUUUACCAAUGGAAAAACGAUGUGACGGUAAAAUUGACUGUUGGGAUGCUAGUGAUGAAAUUUGUUUCAAUCAUACUUUAUCUUGUCCAUCGACAAAUGAAUUUACAUGUAAUAAUGGUCAGUGUAUUAUUAAAACACGUUUUUGUGAUGGUUUUGUUGACUGCACUGAUGGAUCUGAUGAACCACAUGGUUGCCAUGGCAAGUGCAACAAACACGAGUUCACAUGCGGAAAUGGAAGAUGUAUAACGAGAAAUUUAAAAUGCAAUAAAAUUGAUGAUUGUGGUGAUAUGUCAGACGAGCAACAUUGUCGAGCUAGACCAAGAUAAUAAAGUUUAUAGGGAUAAAAAAAAAAUAAAGUAUUAAUAUUGAAAGAGAAUAAAAAGUUAAGACUGUAUAGAAAGAUACACUUGUGAAUGUAUAAAUUUAUGUUAUAAUAUCUUAAAAAAUGUAUCAGAAUUUAUAUUUAAAAAAUAAUUGAAAAUGUAAAAAUAAUUAACCAUUUUUUUAUUUUUUAUUUUACGAAACGUACUUGAUUACGAAAUUUUGUCGUUAAUAAUUAAUAGAUAUCUUAUUGUCAAAAUUCAUAUAGUCAAAUGAUAUUAAUUUAAAUUUUUCAUGAUUUUUUUUUUUACAAAACGUAGAUUGUAUUUAAAAAUUAAAUCAUUUUUUUUUUUUUUUUUAUCUUUAGCAACCAUUCGAAUAUUGAUAAAAUGUAAAUAUGGAUUUAUGAAAAAAUAAAUGACAAAUAGGAUUGUUCCUCAGUAAAAAAGUUUACUGCAAGGAAUAAAUAUAUAUAUAUAUUUUUUAUAUAUAUAAUAUUAGCAAAAAAAUAAAUAAUAACAAAGUUUUCUAUCGAAUAAUAAAAAUUCAAUUUGGUAUUGUUUUAAGCUAUACAAAUACAUGAAGAAAUUGAAAUUUAUAAAAACUCAAAACGAAGAUUAGAAUUUUAAAUGUAUUUGAAAAAAAUGUUAUUGAUUAUUAUUAUUAUUGUUUAUCUGCGCUCAAAGCUGCAGAUAUAUAUAAAUAAAUAAAUAAAUUAUAAAUAAAAUAAAAGAUUUGUUUUAAUUUAAUAAAUUAUUAUGAGACAAA